CUUUCUAUGACAAGUGCUGCGAAAAAGCGAGGAGGUUGUGCCAAAAGCCUCACCGCGCAGUUUCUAUGCAUAUAAACCAGCUCUCUCAGUAUGAUAAGAUGAUGCUGGAGGUGGAUCAGAUGCCUCCAGGAUAUUAUGUGGUUGCCGGAAUCCUGUCGUGGCUCUUGCUGGCGGGGUUUCUUGUAUCCCCCUCCACAUACGCCUCUAUGCGAGACUCGGAUGUCCUGGAUAGCACCAAUAAGGUCGGCAAGUCCCUCAUGGGCUCCGUGCGAAAUGUGCCACUACUUUACAUAGCGUCCUUUAUCUGUUUGUUCGCCACAGCUGGGCUUGGGUGGCUCUGGUGGCGUUGGCAACACAACUAUAUUUGGGUCACUCGGUAUAUCAUCGUGCCAACUUUAACCAACUCGGCCAUGGGACUGAUCUCGACUUUCCUCAAUGUUUACAGUAUGCAGGAUGGGCAGUGGUCCAUCACUGCCAUCAUUACCGUGUCCAUCAUCGGCGCGUGGUUCCUUGCGUCAUGUGUUCUCUUUACUUUCUACAAAGGCCUUCUCUUACCGAGUUUGAAGGACGUCAGGUGGCCACAGGCGAAUUAGGUGGGUAU